UUUAAAGUAAAAAAACUGGCCGACGUAGGAAUAAUCUCAAAUUAAGUACAGCUUCGACUUCGAGAUAGAACUUUGAGCACAACCAAGUUACUUAUAACAGAGUAGUAGAAAACCUUCUAAUCUUGUAGUAACAUAAAAGUAUUCGAAUAUCUCGCCGUGGCUAUGCUGUUUAACAAUAUGCAGGAGCAUGUACCCAUUGAAAAUCACCAAAAACUAUCCACAUUAGCAAGAGUUGUUUUUUUUUCUUUUCAUCGGGUUGAGGACCUAUAUAGAAUUUCAUUUUCUAAUUUAACAUACGCAGAAUUUAAAGGUCAAGGAGAUGACCCCAAUUAGAGCAGUCGUUUUCGUGGUUGAGUUAGAAUUUGUGGUUGGGGGAUUUUGGGGGAAAUGAAAACCAAAUAUGAUAGAAACAUUGAACUAGAAUAGUCAUUUUCGUUGAGACAUGCCUAACUCAAAGCAAUUAUGGACUUGUUACUCUAUUUCAAAUAAAGGAAUUGGUCAUUUGAUAAUAUGUCCAUGAUUGUGAUGCUACGAAAAGAAGCGAAGAAAUCGAACUUAAAACACAUGUUAUGUCGUUUUAGAACGCUAAACAAACAGAAACUCCGGAAGUACUUUUAGAACGUCAAACAAAACAGAAACGAAUUACGGCUUAGAAUUACAUUCACAGUAUACUACACUUAUUGAAAUGAAGAAAUAAGAAACUUAUAAAAAAACAAACACUUAGAAUUAACAAUAAAUAAGAAAUUUAUAAACAAGAAACAAGAAAUUUGUUUAAAAAUAACAUAUACGUAGAAUUAAUCUAUAAUAAUAAAGGGGAGUUUUCUCUCACCUCCUGCAACCACGUCCUUCUUUAGGGGUGGGCAUAUGUUGCCACGUGUCGGCGGCUGAGUGGUAUGUGAAUUUUACGCGGUUGCUUUUUAUCCGCGCGUCUGUUUUGCUUAGUCCUCGCUUCUUUUCUGUUUUCCUUAUUCCUCUAUUUGGGUUUGGGUUAUGUUAAAAAAAUAAGCCCACAUAGGCCCAGAUGCUCAUCAUCGUCUCUGGUCACAUGAGAUUAGGGUUCUUCUUCAUUCUUUUUUUUUUUUUUGUAGCGGAUGCUUGAGCAUCUAAUUUCUAGAGAAACUAAGCACUCCCUUCGCUACCCGUAACAACUCCAAUUCCUUAAAGCUGUCAUUUAUUUUGAGUUUUCCCUUGAUUAAUCCACUUCUCAUUCAUUAAGAUUUUGGUGCACCUGUACGUUUCCCUUGAAACCGCCUAUAUCUCCAGCUAUAUAUAUCUCACCUCCAUACCAUGCAAACUCCAACUCAAACAAAAUCCGAAAACUUUUAAUUUGCAAGCAAACGGACUCGAGAGCCGGGAGAUGCUUCAAUGCGGCGGAGGUCCGUCUUUUGAGAUUCUGGAAGCCAAGAACAUCAACAAAAGGGGACAACUGAUGAGCCUUGAGAUGUUAUUGAUUGAUGGACAAGUUAGUAUCUUUUUCCACUAAUAUAAUUGUCUUCUCGGUUUAAUCUAUUUCCAUUUUAUAGAAUCAAAAGAUUUUGUUAUUUUCCCCAUUUCUUCCCGUUUCUAUUUUUUUGCAAUCACGUUAUUAUCUUCUUCGUCAUUUUAUUGAUGAUGCUCAGGUCUCUUCUCUCUCGAUGGAUAAACCAGUGUUGGUAUCACUAUUAUAUUCUCUUUUUCUUCUGUCCAUCAAAAUCUGAUGAAACCAAUAAACUCAUACUCUGUUUCUAUUUCGCUGCUAAUUUUACCGGCCGUUUACUUACUUGAAGAAUGGUUCCAUGUUUUCUUUGAGUAGCUACAAAAUCCCACAGCCAAAAGCCGGCACCGUACUUCAACCAUGCCUCCUCGGUUAUCCACCGCAGCUUCGUCGACUUUCAAUCCUAGCCGCCAUUUCUCAAUACAACUCAGCCACCUCCAAUGCCUCAACAGUAUCAAGACCAUUUACCUUGCCAGAAAAGUAAGCUGGAACUCGGUUCAAUGUCGAACUCCUUACAGAACGGAACCCAAGUUUUAGCAAACUCAGCUGCUUCCGUGAGAGCAUAGAACGUUAGCUGAGAGCUAGCGUCGUCCGAGAGAUAAACGACUAGAUUCUUUGGUGGGUAAACGAGAGCCAACACGGAUAGGACUGUGUUGACCAUCAUCAAUAAUGGCUCGAUCACCAGAUCCGCCAUGGAGUGGAAAAUAUCCAGCCUUGGGAGACCGUUACCGUAUCUCUGGGAGAGUCUAUUGGCGAAGGUGAAUCGCCAAACAGGAUUCCACCGGACAGAUUGUUGGUAUUAAUCAAACGAAACCGGUUUGGUAUUCAAUAAUCUCAACCGGUAUGGUAUGGUAUGUCUUUAAAGAAAAAGCCAACAGAUUCAGCCAAAAACGGAGGUCUCGAAACCUCUGAACGCAAUCUUUUCUCCGGUCCUCUUCCUGGUCACAAGAAGCGGCUAACUAUCGCCUUCAUGAACCGGUAUAAACCGGUCGUCUUUUUUUUUUGACUGAUAAACCGGUCGUCUUCUUUUGUCCUGUUCUUCUUUCUGUGAUUUCUCUGAGACAGAGUAAGUGGAAAGCUAAGACAAGUGCAUCGGCCACAUAUUUACUUAUCCGACAUGUUCAAAAGCAACUAAGAAGGCACACCUUGAAUAGGUUGAAGAGGAUACAGUCUUAAACCAAGACGUCGACUCCUAAAAUAAUGCUUAGGCAUCGUUGUUGCUUUUAUUUACUUCAUCUGAUGUUAACUAUCUUCAACAGAAUAUAAAGUUAUAUUUGGAAUUCAUUAUCAUCUUUGGCCACAUAUUGGUGUACUAUUAUGUCUGUGUUCUAUUCUUUCAUGUCAGCAUUACGACAAACUAAAAUCGUUAACGAUAAUAGCUACUUAGAUGUCAUUCAUAAUACGUGUGACCUAAGUUAUGUAUACUGCCUCGAGUUUUGUCUGACCAAACAUUGAAACCAUAGAGGGAGAAGUUGAAAUUCAACAUAAGAAUAAUUAGAGACACCUAAAUAAAGUAAAGAUAUAAUGCUAAAUAAAGUUAUUAAAAACAUUAAUAACUUUAUUUAGCAUUAUAAGGUGUUAAGGACAUGACCAUGCAACAAUUUAGUGAGCCAGCAAUUAAACAAUAAAUAUAAUGAAUUUGCAUUUUUUCCUCCGAUAACUUAUAGACGGUCAAUAAUUUUUAUGCAACUAUAAAUUUGAUUCAAAUACAAACUACAUAUCAUUGACCACAUACGAAACUCUUUGUCUUAACAUUCGAUGUUAAGGACCCAACGGCUUAAUAAAUAAGAACCACAACAAACCAAGCUCGGCACACUCACAUGAAACCUUACUACCUUGAAGGCCACUUUUUAAGAAAAAAACUGCAACCAUUAUUUGAAGACAAAUCUGUUGUAUAUAUAUAUUCCAGAUGGUUCAAAUACAUCAAAACGGAUGUAGGACGAAGUCAGAACAAAAAAAAAAUUAAAAGCAAAAAUUUGCACCAGGAUUAUGCAAUUCCAAAAUGUUAGUACAUCUAACAAUGUUAUAACGCAGAAAUAUUAUUGUAAGAAUUUAGUGUGUAGCUUUUGUCGAUAUAGUUGUAAGUUUAGCUGUAGAAAAAUAUUAUAACUUUUAAACCGAUGGUUAAAAUAAAAUAAUUAUAAACAUGAAAACAAAAAAAUAGGACUGUUAAUUUAAUGGGGGAGAGAGAGGAGUCCAUUAAAUUACUUAAAAACUAAUUUGAAACAAAAGCUAUAGAAAUUAUAAGUGAACUGAAACAUUUCUACAAUCCAACCAAUAUAACAAAAAUUUAAAUAAUUUUCUGUUUAUUUUGCUCAUCACCUUAUAUAUAAUUUAAAUUAAUAAAUAAAUUAUUUAAAAUAAUUUUAAAAAUGUAGGAAAAAAUAAAUAAAUAAUUUUAAAAUUGUCUACCAACUUCUAUUUUAAUAAUAACACAACAUCUAUAUGCUAAAAUAUGCAUACAAAAUAUAUAAUUAAGAUUAAAAAUUUAACAAAAACCCCGGGCGUAGCCCGGGCCAACCCCUAGUAAUAAAUAAAGUGGUAAUUAAGACCAGUCCUGAGUAUAUGGUAACGAAGUAUUGGCUUAUGACUCCCAUUUUUUUUAAUUACAUAUUUACAUUAUAUAGGUUUUCAAAUUUGCAAAAGAAUAAAUUAUAUAAACUCUUAUUAAAUUGUCUAUAGUCUCCAAAUUUUAGAUUGUUGAUAAUAGUGUAGUCAAAUAAUUGGUUCAGUACUAUUGGUUUAGUAACUUUCAUCACUGAAUCUCUUUAAUGUGUGUGUGUGUGUGUGUCGACAGGCAUGUAAUGAGUAUCGUUUUGGAGUUUCUUUGUCAGACUGUGUGCCGUUUUACUUUUAAAUGGUCGGCACACUCACCAAACAACGACACUCAUUUAAAUUUCUUAAACCAAAUCUUUCGUAAUUUACCUUAAAUUACCUGAAUGUAUAAUGCAACGAAUAGUCUCUUCUAUGAUUCUCUUAGUCAAAAAUUAAAAUCUAUAAGGGGAAAGUUGAACCACUGGACAAGUUGAUAGCAUAUAGAAAAUCAUUAUUAAUUUUACAAUGUUUAUAAAAUAUUAAUGCAUCUCCUAUCUGUAACACCUAAAACACUGUAUAUACAAUGAAAACUUUCUCCGACAUAAUCUUUAAACAUAGUGAACACUAACGAAUAUAUUUUGAAAGACAGUAGGAAGAUUUGGCCCACAUUUGAGAAAAGCGGUAAAAGAUUCUUCGAUGUAUUUCAUCUGUCACACUAGAGCCAUGAAUACCUUAUCUACAAUAUGAAACAAUAAUGUAACAUUUUUUUGCACCAUCUCUCUAACUAUAAGCGCAACAAACGUUUCAAUACACAUCAUGAUCCCAAUUAAUUAUUAACUUUGUUGUCGAUAUUGGUCAGAUGGAUUGAUAUAUAAAAUUUGGCAUUAUAUAGUUUUGAUUUUUUCUCUCGAUUAUAUAAUAUUAGUUAGUUAAAACAACAUGAAACAGGAGAGUAUUAAGAAUGGGAACUCAAAGGCAGCGAUCAUGGGUUUUGUGACUAGGAGACAAGAUUCUCCAAUAUAUAAAGAAUUCAUCAAGUGGAGGCGCCCAUAACUGUUGAAUAUGUAUUAUUUGUUUCUCAUUAAUAAUGAAACUGAGGGUUGAAUCCUUACCAGUGUCUAUCCCACUUAACUAUCCCUUUAUACUAUAGUGUCAAAUCUUUUUUUUUUUUUCUAAAAACGUGUAUACGAAAAACGCAGCGGAAUGAUGCAAGUAUGUGUGAAAAAAAAUCAAUGGACCGACGAUUUCUCUGGAUAGUAAACAAUCCAAAUUAAAAAACCUAGAAUGUGAAUAAAAUUGGAUAGAAUAUGAUUUAUUGCAUAUGACACGGUCGUUGUAUGAAAAGGUUGUUAUAUUUAUCUUACAUCUUUGGACAAUACAAAAUAAUACAACAGCAAAAAGCCAAAAAAAAAAAAAAAAAAAACACAGACACGGAGAUCAGUCUUCCAACAAGGGAGUAUAGACAGUAGUUCUUAAUUUUACUAUUUGAAAAAUCUUUUGUAAUUUUGUUCCAUUGGAAAUAAGUUUUUAUUAAAAUGUGUGAAACGUACCACUAUUAAUAUUCUUUUUAAUUAUCAGUAUGUAUUAAUUUUAAACAUCCCAAGAAGGGCACCCGAACAUAAAUCUCUGGUUGGAAACAGUGACGCUUGGAAAUAGAUUAGGCUUAUCGCAAUCUAUAUCGCAAUCUAGGAAAGAAAAACAAAAAUAUAAUGGAAGGGAAAAAAAAUCUAAAGCUCAGAGAAACCCGAAAGAUUCCCAUCCUUGCUUUGCUCGAGAUCCACGGCCAACGACGGCCAUUUACCACUAUUAAUGCUAUAAUCAAUAAGACAAUGAGAAGUGUUCUUCUUGACACUCACGAGUCAAAUGAAACAAAUCAGAAACAUAUAUAUCUUCUUUGUUUCUAGAAGUGAAUAUAUUGGCCUAAACUAAACCCUAAUAUGCAAAUACGUAAACUGCAAAAAUUAUACGGAGAAAGAGAGUAAAAGAUAACUCUUUCGAGUUGUGAUGGACCUAUCGGGUUGCUUGUGUAUGCUCAUAUUGUAUACGUCUAAUCAUUGAGUUAUAUGAAAAAUGUUUCCGUGAGUAAAUGGUCUCCAAGCAAUCGAGUGCUUCUAGAAACAUCAGUUGGCAUAUUACAGGUUAAGACGUAUUCCCUUCAUCAGUUAAAACAUUCAUAUUUUUUCUCUAUGCUCCUUCUUUAUGUGUCUGUAUAUUUAUUUAUAAGUAGAAAUAUGGUUAACCAAGGGUAGUGUUGUAAAUCUAAGCGAUAAGGGAAGUUUAUGAGCAAAAACUAUGCCUUCUUGUUGUUGUAUCUACUUCUUCAGAACGAAGCAAGAGACAAAGUGGAUGUAUUGGAUUUGAUAAGGAAGAAGACGAAGCAGCAGAAGCAGAGGUUCUUGAAAGAUGGCCUGAAAAAGAUAACUUCAAAGAGUGCCAAUGUCAUAAAAGGGGUCCUAUGGCACACAGGGUUAAGUCAGGCAAAAGAAAGAAAUUAAAACAAAAGGUAAAUAUUUAUAUAUAAAGUAAAAUUUCAAGUAUUUUCUUGUUAACUAGGAUGUUGAUCUAGAUAGGUUCUUGUAAAGUAUGUAUUAGCAUAAAUAUGGAGCUUGAAGCUCACGUCUAUUAAUAUGAAUUUGCAACAUUAAUGUUCAGAACGAUCCAAUUCAACCCAUGUUGUAAUGCAGUGUUUCAGACAAGGGUAUUGGUUAGUUGUUCAUUAUUACGUCUGCUCGUAACUUGGAUUGAUUUAUCAUGUUCGACUUUGAACGUGUGUAUUUUAAAGAAAUUGUUGAUUAACAAAAAAAAGUUGUUUACAACUAGCCAAAACAAUGAAACAAGAUUUGUAAAGAAAUAGAAAAGAUCGGAUGCUAGAUUAGGUGAAUGUUAUUGAGCUGAACCAUGCACGUAUAGAGAAGAAGUUCUUCCAAUAUGCGAGAGUUGUUGUAGUGAAGAGAAGAUAUCCAAUUUCAAAUGGAUUUGUCAGUGAUGCGAUUGAGAAGAGAAGAUUGGCUUUAUCUUGCGUUUCAUUUUUUUUCGUUAUCUUGCGUUUCAUUUAAAGAUGCUUGAUGAUUGAUUUCAAAUGUUGGUUUCUAACGAUCACUCAACUGCAAAAAAAAAAAAGCUAUACAAAAUUUAAGUCACAUUAUAUACUAUCUAAUUAUACUUAGAAAAAAAAAUAUAUAGGAAAACCUAAACUUCAUAACGUCGAGUCGGUUUGCACAAAAAAAAGCUCGGAUAGACUGAGACACAAUCAAUUAAACUUCAUUGAUUCAAAGCUCCAGAAAAAGGAGCUCGAACCGGUUAUUAUGUGCUGUGUCGUCGGUUAGGAACUUAUUAUUUUUCCUUUUACCGCAUCCCAAUAAAGGAAACGUGAUCAUGUGAUGUGUGAAACUAAUGGUAAAGCACUCAAACAUUUCUAAUUUAAAUUAAAUUUAUCAUGUAAGUAGGUCCGUCCCAUCAGAUGGGACUCAUCUAUCAAAAAAACGUUUUGUUAGCCUGUGGUUGGAAAACCUAAUGGCUUAAGCAUGGAGGUUCACCCUUGCUCGCCUAUAAUGGUUUCUAGUAAUGCUUAUGAUAUUUGUUUAGUUUCAUUUAAAUGUAGAAAAUUACUUCAGGAAUUAGGAAGGAUGAAACUGUGACAUUUAAGAAAAUAUCGGUGGGGGCAUUUGCCCUACCUAGUACGCAAGGCGAAUAGCCAAUAUGUUAUUAUCCUCGUGAUCUAAAUAUCAAUUAUAUUGCAAUUUUCACCACAUAAAAGUAGUAUUUAUAUUCAAGUUUUUCUAUAAUUUUUAAUAUAUUACUCAUCAUAAUAAAUUUAAACAUAUUUUAAAUAUGAGUAAUUAAAUUAUAUAUUGUUUCACAAACUAAAUUGUUUUGAAUAUCUUUUUCACAAAUUGUCAUGAACUAAAACGAUAUUAUAUAUAUAUAUAUAUAUAUAUAUAUAUUUCAUAUUUCUCGACAUGUAUUCUGUCAAAUUUGAAAUCGUGUAAACGACACAUAUGCAUCAUGAUUACAAAACAUCUAUACUAUUAUUUGAAAAUUGAUUUUGCUUAUUUGUCAUAUUUUCCAUGAUUUUAGAUAAGUUUUCUUAUUUGUCAUAUUUUUAGUUUUAAUAAAUGAUUUGGUGAUUAUCUUAAUAUAUUAAAUAAUAGAGAUUAGCAAUUAUCAAUUUUGCUUAUUUAUCAUAUUCUCCAUAAUUUUAUGUAAUUUUUUUUAUUUGUCAUAUUUUUAUUUUUAAUAAACAAUUUUAGUGAUUAUCUUAAUAUAUUAAUAUACAGAGAUUAACAAAUUCUAUCAAAAUUUCAAUUUUAUGUAUUUUACCAUAUCAUAUAUUUUUCUUGAACAAUGUUUUUUAAAAAAUUUACAGGAUAUGAAGGUUAAUGUUUUAACAUAUAUUAUAUUAUUUAAAUUUAGUUAAUUUUAUUUUAUUAAUGAAAUAAAUAUUAUUUUACAAAAGAUUAGAAAAUUUAUGACAACUACGACGUAUGUUAUAUUUGAUAUUAUCUUAUUUAUUAUUUUACAAAAAUAAAUUUAUCCUCUCUUAUAUGUUAAAAAGAAUUAUAUUGUUCUAGGUAUAUAUUGUUUUGGACUUCGUUAACAUUAGUUUAUGGAUCCAAAAAAAAAGAUAAUACUUUUAACAGUUACAAUAAAAAAAAAGAGAGAAUUUGUCAACUAACCAAAUUUGCAUUAGAAAUAAAGAUUAUAUCAUUGAUUUUGACAUAAUUAAGUGUAUAAUAAUUUUUCACAAAUUUUAUCUGGUACUACCUUUUUGAUUGUAAGUUACAUGUAAUAAAGAAAGAGAAAGUGAUGUCAUCGAUGAUUUUAAACAUAUAGAUAAGAUAAAAACUACACUGUUGAAAAUCAAAUCAAGCAAUAUAUAACAUGACGACGCUCAACUAAUCACCACAUAUAGAAACUCAAUUUCUUAAACAAAAAAAAAACAGAGGAACAAGCAAAGAAACAACGAUAGAGGAUAAGUGACUUUUUACAAAUAGUACAAAAUAGAUGGUCCAUUCCAUUACAUACGUAAAGUAAUAAACUUGAACAUUAUAUAAAAAUAGUAUAUAACUUAUAGUGAAUUAAUAGAUAAGUUGUAUAAAAACUCUAUAAAUUGUAUAAUCAUAAACCCUACCUCUAAUCCCACCCCCACCCUCAAAUACUAAAUCUUAAAACCUAAUCAGUAAACCCUAAUCCAAAUAUAAUAUAUAACAUAUAAUAUAUGUUAUAUAAUAUAUAACAUAUAGUUAUAUUAUUUAAAUCAAAAGUAAAUCUGAAAUACUUGCAAUAAAAAUAGAAUAGAACAUAUCAAAUGAUAUAGUAUAUAUUCUUUUGGAUAUAUAUGAUUAUUAGUAUAAUAUAUAUUGAUUAAAUUAUCAAAUGGUCUAAAAAUACUAUAUUAUGAUGGCGUUAAAUUAACAAAUAGGAUAGAAAUAGGAUAGACUCAAUUUUACAAUCACUAUAUCAAAUGGUCUAAGAAUGGAUGUGGUCAUGAAUGAGUUGAUGGUGAUUACGAAAGAGGUGUGGUUGUUACAGAGUAAGAUAUAGUGGUUAAAAAAUGGUAGAAAAUUUUGUGGUGGUGGUGGUUAUAGCAGCGGUGGCGGUUACCAGAGUACCGACUGUGGUUACAAAGCAAUCGGUGGUCAUGAUGAAACUGUGAUCGUGGAUAUAGAAAAACACUAUGGUGAUGGCUAUGGUGAUGAUACAAUGGUAAAGAUGACGAUAUAUCUAUGGGCAUGGAAGAAGUAUAAUAGUUACGAGAAACAUUUACCAGAAGAAAAUUAAAAAAAAAAAGAUAAAUAAAGAGAGGUAAUAUAGUGUAUGUUGUAGGAAUGUUGGAGGCUUUUUAUUUUUUAGUUAGAUUGUUAAUUAUCAUUUGUUUGAACGCUACUAAGUGAAAUUUCUCAUAAAACAAUCCUAGCUUUUAAUAGGUGUAUAUAAUUUAUUUAUUUUAGUUUAUAUGUGUGUAGUUAAAAACAAAACUCCAGGUUUUAAUAGGUGCAUGUAAUUUAUUAUUUUUAGUUUAUAAGUGUUUAGUUAAAAAGUAUGUUUUUAACUACUGUAGGUUUUGAUAAUAGUUAUCACUAUAAAAACUUAUGCUUAUACUCCACCGAAACCAGCACGGUGCUCGAUUACAGAUCAUAUUAAGAAACAUACUAAUAGCAAACUUACAAAGAAGAAAAAAAUGAAUAUUUUGAAACAUAAGAGAUCACCUAAACAUGUUCAAGACAUUGGUUCUAAUCAUGUACAUAAUUUAUAUAAAUUAAAGAAACAUCAUGAUAUAGGUGAUUUCGUUUAUUUUGUGGCUGUAAAUUUAAAUUCUAAUGAAGAUGAAAAUUAUCUAAACUUUAAUCAAACUAAUGUACAUAGGGUUCAUCGAAAAGAUGCUUAAUCAAAUAUAUUGCUUGAUGAAAGAGUGUUUGCUCUCACAUGCCUUAUUGAUAAAGGUAAUAAUAGGUCUUUUUGUAAAUUGAUAUUUUAUAUUAUUUUAAAUUACUAAUAAAAUUUAUUAGGUUAUUACGAUGAUAGUGAUCUUUCCUACAUAUGUAAUUAUUGUGAAACAGUUAUAUGAUUUUGUGAAAGAAUUAAUAUGCUAAUAUAAUGUGAAAAUAUCUAUACCAUUAUUUUAGAAGUUAGUUUAUUUCUUUGUCAUAUUCUCCAUAGUUUUAGGUAAAUUUAUUAUUUGUCAUGUUAUUUUACUUAUUUGUCAUGUUUUAUUAAUUUUAGAAGUAAUUUAUCUUAUUUGUCAUGUUUUCCAUUAUUUUAGGUUGAUUCAUUAGUUUUAAUAAAUAAUUUUUUGAGUUGUUAGUUUUUAACCAAAUGUUAAUUAUUAAUGGGUACUAUCAGUUAUUAAGGGAUAUUAUCACAUUUUAGCAAUAAUUUUAUAGCUAUGUUCAAUCUUAUUUAUACUUUAGUAAAUAUUAGAUCAUAAAUAUUUAUUUAUUUAUUAUUUUUAAAAGAAAGCUUCAUUCCCUUGUAUGUCACGGAAAAGUUAUAUUGUCUUAUGGAGUUCGUUAAAAUCAGCUUACCAAUCAAAAGCUAUGAGUCCAAAAAUACAAUUUCUUGCCGUUAUCAUUAAAAAUUAAUCUUUUACUAAACAUAAUUUCCUCUGUUUUUAAUAGAUGACAUUUUAGGAUUGUGUAAAUAUGUUAAGAAAAAAAAUAAUUUCUUACAUCCUCUAAAUAAAAAUAUCAUUAAUUAUUUACCUAAUAAUAAUUCAACCAAUAAUAAAAUAGAAUAUAUAAUAUUAUUGGUCAUAUAACAUUAACUUUUAAUAAAUUUUAAUAAAAAUGCAUAUAAUUUGGUACAAAGAAUUUCCUCUAAAAAGUCAUGUAUUAAAAAUGGGGGAGUAUAAUUAUUGCUUUUAGUUCUAAGAUUUAAGUUAAAAAGAAAUAUAUGCUUUAAUUAUUGUAUAUUUUGUUAAUAAGUAUCACUAUAAACUCUGAUGAAGAGGAAUUUCAUAUAAAAUACAAUUAAAAUAAUGUUCAUAGGAAUCAACAAAAAAAAAAAAAAUGUUCGAUCAUAUAUAUUAUUUGAUGAAGAAGUGUUUUCUUUUAUAGACUUCAUUGAUAAUUGGUAAUUGUGAUUUUAUUUUGUAGAUUUAUCUUUUAUGUUAUUUUAAAGUAUUGAUACAAAUUUAUUAGGUUAUUAUGAUGAUGAUUUUUACGUAUGUGAUUAUUAUUUGUAAGGUUAUAUAUAUGGUUUGGUGAUAGAAUAAAUAAAAGAUUUACAAGUACUAAGUCAUUGUUUAAGCUUCAUCGUAAUGAAAAUUUUAAAUUAUAUCUUAUGAUUAAUGUAAUAUUUGAAAUUAAGUAAAUGAUUUAGUUUCAAAAAUUAUAUUACAAUUAGAAUUGAUUGGAUAUAUAUUAUUCCGCACAUUGUGCGGACCGUCAUCUAGUUAAACUAUAUAUUUUAAAAAUUAUCAUUGAUCAAAUACAACAUAUACAAGAGAUAUUAACAAAAAAAGUUAUGAUGUUUGCAAAUAACAACUUUUAUACUGAUUAACAAAUCGUCAAAGCAUGGUAUAUCGGCCACCAACUAAUAACUCCCGAAAGAUUUAUUUUGAAAUUAACAAGUCGAAAUAACACCUAUUUGGAUCCAACUUUAAAAAUGGUCUUGUCACAAAUCUGGGUCUUCAUUCUUGCAGACAUGCAUUGUUCAUUUUGGAUGAAAAAGAAUCUCUUGUUUUUUUUUUAAUGUUUAUCACGUUAAUUGAAGUUAUUGAUCAGUUCCCAUCUCAAUUAUCUUCUUGUCAAAGACUUUGGUAAUCUUUUUUUUUUUAAGUAAUCUGGAUGUAUCCCAUGUCUAUGGAAGGACUCAGACUAAUUUUCAAGGGGAGGUGCAGCCCAUAGAUAGACAAUUUUUCUGGGUAUUCAAAUGAAUCGAAAGCAAUGGUUCAUAUCUAUGUUAGUUUCGCAUAACAGGUGGAUCGAACUUAAAACGUGUUGGCGUCCCAAACCUUUCCCCUUAUCACUUGACCACAAGCUCCCGAACUCAGACUUGGUAAUCUCAGGUUCGGUUUCCUUGUUCCUUGAUUAAUCCAUUUCGACAUUCACUGUGUGGUGCAAUUACUUGUCGAUGAGAAACUGAAUGCUUUCAACUUCCGCUCCAGAUUAACCGAGUUGCAUGGUGAAGAAGAUGUCAGAUCCUGAGUUGUUUCAGCGACUUGUCUACAAAGUCUUUCGGAUCUUAAACACAUUCUCAUAAUUACCAAACACUCCCGAAAGAUUUAUGGUCUUUUAAAUGGAAAAUCAAUUAGUAUGAAAGAAAGUUAUUGAUCAGUUUUUUAAUCAAUGUAACGCAUUCCGCUACCGUGAAAUUCCCAUAACGACUCUAGAUUCUAGAAUAUAUACCCAAAGCCAAAUAAACCACAUAAAAAGUACAAAGAAGAACGUUGAAAGGACACUAUUUCACAGUUAAUUUCAUUCACGAGGUAGACAAACCUAAUGCGACUACCUUCUUUGAUUGGUAACAUAAACUCAUCAUUAAGUCAUAAAGUUUCAACUUUUCGUAAGCCACACUUCAUCGUAAUCCUUAGCCAUAAUAAUGUAAAUGUUUUGGUCAACGAUCGUCAACCACGACUAUAUUUACAGAUUGGUUUUGAAUUAUACUAUCAAUAAAUAUUGGAACUUCAAAUCGUCAAAUCAUAAACUCUUAAACCAUACUUGAUUUAGAAACAGGUCAAUAUGAUUCUAUAAUCAAUGUAAUUAGCUUAAAUGCAUGCUUCAUACCAAAUAAAGUCAGAUUGGUUAGGUUAUGUUUCAAAAUUCAUUAGAUUUUUUAACUUGAGUAAAAGGAGUAUAUUUUAGUAGGCAUUUUAAAAAAAUGGGAUUAAAAAAUGGGAUUAUGGGUUCAGGAAGGGAAAAUGGUAAUUAAAUUAACUAAAAACGGGAAUUACGAGAAGGGUAUCUCUAAAAUCGAGUAAGAACACAAUGCUCCAUAAAUUAACUAACAUUAUUAUUACUCAAUGGCAAAAUGUUGAAGGCAGACACAGCACUUUUGAAUCUUUGAAGGUGUGUUUAUUUUCAGUUUUAUUUUGAAAAUAAUAUAAAAGCAUACUUUACUCUGUUCGUCUUCAUCGUUUGUCUGCAGAUCCGUGGUCCGUUGUGUUUGAUUUUCUGUAUUUCUUUCUGUUUUUGCUCAUUUUAAAUAAUUCAAAUAAAUCGAUUAGUAAAAAUAAUUAGAGCGCUCCAUCUUUUGUCUCUCCAUGACAUCAUUUGUCUUGUAAUUCAGUUCUUCACGAGGUUGUGUCAGAUUAUUUUAUUUAUUACUUAUAUAUCAUAUUUCUUUAUUUCUAUCCUUUUCAAACAAAAAAUAUUCACUGCCCACACUGUGUAAAAAUAUUCUGUAAAUCCAUAUUAUUUUUACUUAAUGCUCUUUUAUUUUAUAAAAAAAAUCGUUUACGAUGACAAAAUAAUAUCGUUUUAAAAUUUCUGAGCAAUUUUGUAAAAAAUACAAAAAAUUCUGGGUAGCUGAAAAAAAAUACAAAAAAAUCCUGAGUAAUGAUUCCUACUUUUCGCGUUUUCAGAAAGGAUGAUUACAGUUGUUGUCUGCUCAUUGAAACUGAGUUCAAGGUAUUGUCAAAUGAAGUAACAGUUUGUCUUACAACAACAAAACUAGAAAAAUAAUUUUUUCUUCUACUUUUUUGGUUCAGAGUAUUUAUUUCUUUACGAACCAAUAAAUUUAAAGGUAAGACAUUAUAUAUUUGCUUAGAACCUUCAACAUGACGCUUAAGUUUUAAUAUUUUGUUAAUAUUUUGAAUCAAAAUAAGUUAACUUAUAUCCGAAGCUAUAUCGCAGAUAUAAUAAAUAAACAAAAGGUUUAGCUAGCUCUUUACCGAUCGGUGCAUUUUAAAACAAAAAUUCUCCAUAACAAAUGUACAGAAAUAGUUAUUUUUUUAAUUAACCAAUUUGUCAUUGCUCGAGUUUAAAUUCAAAUAAUAGAUAUAUAUAUAAGAAUGUGAACCUGAUCUUUAUAUAUUCAAGAAUCUAUUUCCAUCGCUCCCCCUCUCUCUCACCGAAGUUCUUAUCUCUCUCUCUCUUUUGUUUAAAGGGGUUCUUUCACUAAACAUCAUACUUGUGUCUUCAGUUUCAGUGCCAUAACUUUUGUUUUCCUCUCCAUUUCUUGCAUACGAAAAGUUCGUCUUGGUAUUUGUGAUUUGUCAUCUCUGAUUAUUUCUUCUCUUUAAAGCGUGGAGGAGAGAUCUUUGACCGUUCUUGAAAACUUGAACUGAAGCAAAGAUGGGUAGAGCAGUGAGAUGGUUUAAGGGAAUCUUCGGUAUGAAGAACAGCAAAGAGAAAGAGUACCGAGUUUCCGGCGACGGAAGAGGAGAAGCCGGUGAGUCUCUCAUCCACCGGAAAAUUCUCCAAGCAGACAACGUCUGGCUCAGAACAUACUUGGCGGAAACAGACAAAGAACAGAACAAACACGCCAUUGCGGUUGCUGCCGCCACUGCCGCAGCCGCAGACGCAGCAGUUGCAGCGGCUCAAGCUGCCGUUGCGGUGGUCAGGCUAACAAGUAACGCGAAAACCGGAGGACGUUCCGGUGGCAACGUAGUUUACGGGACCACAAUGGAGCGGUGGGCCGCGGUGAAGAUUCAAAGUGUCUUCAAGGGCUAUUUGGCGAGGAAAGCGUUAAGAGCGUUGAAAGGUCUAGUGAAGCUACAAGCUCUAGUGAGAGGAUACUUAGUUCGCAAACGCGCAGCCGAAACGCUUUAUAGCAUGCAAGCUCUCAUCAGAGCACAAACGAGCGUUCGGUCUCAACGCAUAAACCGUAACAACAUGUUGCACCCUCGACAUUCUCUUGAGAGGUUUGAUGAUUCAAGAAGCGAGAUCCAUAGCAAGAGAAUGUCAAUCUCUGUGGAGAAACAUAUCAACAACAACAUUUAUGAUGAGACCAGUCCCAAGAUUGUUGAGAUUGACACUUACAAGACUAAGUCAAGAUCAAGGAGAAUGAAUGUUGCGGUAUCCGAAUGUGGAGAUGAAGAUUUCGAAUGGAGUUUUCGUGGAGAGAAAUGUAAAUUUCCCACGGCUCAAAACACCCCAAGAUUCUCUUCAUCGGCGGCAAUGAAUAAUAAUUAUUACUACACACCGCCUUCGCCGGCAAAAAGCGUUUGCAGAGACGCUUGUUAUAAGCCGAGUUAUCCUGGUUUGAUGACACCUAGCUAUAUGGCUAAUACGCAGUCGUUUAGAGCCAAGGCGCGUUCGCAUAGUGCGCCGAGACAGCGUCCUGAUAGGAAGAGGUUGUCGCUUGAUGAGAUUAUGGCGGCUAGGAGUAGCGUUAGCGGCGUGAGGAUGGUCCAACCGCAACCGCAGUUACUGCAACAGCAACAAGAGAAACGUUCUUCUUGUAAUUAUGAUCGUCAGUUUCCACAAGAACCGGUUGGUUUUAGAUUCUAUAAUUAGAAAGAAACGUUUCUAUUUUUCGUCCUUGAGAAGAGUACGUCAUAGAUUUGACUUUUCAUCAAGGACUACUUUGGGUCUUUUAUUUUCUCCCUUUAUCUUCGGGCUCUUAUUUUGUAAAUGUUUGGUUUGGAAAAAAUGUUAAAAGUUUAUUUAAAAAGUCACUUUGACCACUCCAAGCAAGUUUUUAAUUUGUCAAAUUUG